CGCCGCGCCGGCACCGGCCGCGUCGCCCACAAGACGGUCGCCUUUGUGGACGUCGUCGACAGCGAGCCCGGCACGAUCCUCAAGCCCUUCGAGGAGGGCAUGGCCAAGGUGCACCUGUUCGGCGUGAGCCACAUGACGAACAACUUCGAGGCGGCCGAGCAUAUCCUCGCGACGAAGCCGCGAUCGGUCGUGGUGGAGACGGGCCUGUGCAAGUCGCACCAGGCGCACCGCGGCGUGUGCUUCAACUUCCAGGAGCUCUUCACCGCGAUUCACAUGACCGGCAACCCGGGCGGCGCCGAGGAAUCCCUCCAGUUCAUCACCCGCGUCGCGCAUCAGCUCAGACUCGAGGAAAAGCCCCUGGAGAAGUCCCCGUUCUGGGCGCAGAUGAAGACGCAGCUUCCCGCCGAGGCGUUGGUGUACGCGGCGGCGUUUGCGGUGGAUGCCAGGCUCGUGUUCGGCGACAGACCCAAGGAGGUGACGUACCGGCGGCUCGUGUCCGUACCCACGCUCGCCGAGCUCGACGAGACGUUCGGUAACCAGUCCGCGAGGAAUUACAGGCUCUUGCUGCCGACGGACCACCCGCAGGCCAAGAUCCCGCCCCCCGCGCCAAACGACCAGUUCGAGAAGAUCUGCAUCGACGAGAGGGACGUCAUCCUCGCGCACACCAUACGGGAGGAGGCGAGUUUGGCGGACGCGGGCCCGGGCGCCGUGGUGGCUGUCGUGGGUUCCGACCACCUCGCCGGAGUGGAGGCCAGGUGGGACGCCUUCGUGCGCAGCGGCGGGACCGAGGGCGCGCUGAGCGCGGCGGAGCUCGACGCGAUCCUCGCGGCGCCGGAGACGGCCAAGGAGGACGUGGGACAGCGGCUGGCCAUCAUGCAGCGACUGCUGGGGCUUCGAUGCACCGAGUCGCUCGUGGGGGACGCGAUGCAGGCGCUGGAUGACGACCUGAACAAGCUCGUCGGGGACGAGAUCAUCGCGUUCAACGCCACCAGCGAGCUCUACGGCAGCGCGAGGAUGCUGUUGUCCUGCGUGGAGGACGAGGAACUGCGGGAGGCGGUCAUCGGGGGGUUCAAGUGCGACAUGACCGAGGUGCUCAAGCCCGCGAGCGACGUGCGGCCGAGCAAGGGGGGUAUCGGUUGGAGCGAGGAGGCGAUCGUGUGGCUCAGGACGUCCUCCUCGGUGGACCUGGCGCCCCUGUCCGGCGGCGACUAGAAUCGGUUUCGACGAAAAAAUUACUACUCAUCG